ACUGCUCGCGGAGCCGGAGCGCGGCCGCCCGCGGAGCCCCAGCCGAGCCGGCCGAGCGCCGCCCCGCGCCGCAGCCAUGCCGGCCGGCCGCACCUGUGCGCUGCUCGCCCUCUGCCUGCUCGGCAGCGCGGCCCCGGAUUUCGGGCCGACGCGCUUCAUCUGCACCUCGGUGCCCGUGGACGCCGACAUGUGCGGCGCGGCCGUGGCCGCCGGCGGCGCGGAGGAGCUCCGAAGCAGCGUGCUGCAGCUCCGCGAGACCGUGCUGCAGCAGAAGGAGACCAUCCUGAGCCAGAAGGAGACCAUCCGCGAGCUGACCGCCAAGCUGAGCCGCUGCGAGAGCCAGAGCACGCUGGACGCCGGCGCCGGCGAGGCCCGGCCGGGCGGCGGCCGGAAGCAGCCCGGCUCGGGCAAGAACACCAUGGGCGACCUGUCCCGGACGCCGGCCGCCGAGACGCUCAGCCAACUCGGGCAAACUUUGCAGUCGCUCAAAACCCGCCUGGAGAACCUCGAGCAGUACAGCCGGCUCAACUCCUCCAGCCAGACCAACAGCCUCAAGGAUCUGCUGCAGAGCAAGAUCGAUGACCUGGAGAGGCAGGUGCUGUCGAGGGUGAACACGCUGGAGGAGGGCAAGGGGGGCCCCAAGAACGACACGGAGGAGAGGGUCAAGAUCGAGAGCGCCCUGACUUCCCUGCAUCAGCGGAUCAGCGAGCUGGAGAAAGGUCAGAAGGACAACCGCCCUGGAGACAAGUUCCAGCUGACGUUCCCUCUGCGGACCAACUACAUGUACGCCAAGGUGAAGAAGAGCCUGCCGGAGAUGUACGCCUUCACCGUGUGCAUGUGGCUGAAGUCCAGCGCUGCGCCCGGCGUGGGCACGCCCUUCUCCUACGCGGUGCCCGGCCAGGCCAACGAGCUGGUCCUCAUCGAGUGGGGCAAUAACCCCAUGGAGAUCCUCAUCAAUGACAAGGUGGCCAAGCUGCCAUUUGUCAUCAGUGACGGGAAGUGGCACCACAUCUGUGUCACCUGGACCACUCGCGACGGGGUCUGGGAAGCCUACCAGGAUGGCACCCAGGGCGGCAGUGGCGAGAACCUGGCACCCUAUCACCCCAUCAAGCCCCAAGGCGUGCUGGUGCUGGGCCAGGAGCAGGACACUCUGGGUGGCGGGUUUGAUGCCACCCAAGCAUUCGUGGGUGAGCUGGCCCACUUCAACAUCUGGGACCGCAAGCUGACCCCCGGGGAGGUGUACAACCUGGCCACCUGCAGCGCCAAGGCCCUGUCCGGCAACGUCAUCGCCUGGGCCGAGUCCCACAUCGAGAUCUACGGAGGUGCCACCAAGUGGACAUUCGAAGCCUGUCGCCAGAUCAACUGA